ACGCCGCUGACGUAAACUGUCGGAGAGGUGGAAAAAAGUGACGCUACACACACGCCGGAGCAUAGAAGCUGCAAUAGCGUUUCGUUUAUUUUUUUUUUUAAUUUCUGUAUCAUUUUUGAUUUAGCUUUUCUUUUUAAAGGCAGUGUUUCGCAUGAAUCGGCUGGCUUCUCUGUGCUUGCCGUCUCAUUAAGUUUCUUGCCAUUCUCCCCUGACGCGGCGCUGUUUUGACAGUCGGGGUCGCAGAGAUCCAACUUCCAGCUAGCAGCACCAUUAUAUUAGCAUUGGUAAGUCAUUUUGGGAAGCUAGCAAAGCGCAACAGCUAACUCACGGCUUUGAGAUCAGACAGCGCUGAAAAAGAGCUUUAAGACUACAUUUUUUGCCUUAGACAUGAGAGAUUUAGCUGGCUAACCAGACAUAGGAAAACAUAUAGGUUAAGAGGCUAGUAUAAUGGAAGCUCGCGCUCAAAACGAACAGGUUUGCUAAUGGGCUAAUAUUAGCUAGGUAGGUGUUGUAGGUGGCUAGUUAUACUCGCUGGAGGAAACAGGGUAAUAUCGUGAGCUAGCUAUUGUUAGCGUGUGGGAAAGCUAAUAUUUUCAGUAAAUGCACUGCCAACGGACCGGAGUGCCGUUUUAUUUAUUGCUGUUACAGCCCAAAGGAUUCUGCAAGCGGAUUAAGACCCACAACCACUAAAUGGGCAAGACUGUAGGCAAGACCAUGCUGCUGCAGUAAGCCGGAGGCAGAGAAGAGAGGCCCCAGACGACCUCUGAGGCGGUGGUUGGCCUGUUGGUGUCCCCUUACCUCCUCCUCUUGCUGGCAAACAGCUGCCUCUUCAGUUCGUCUGAUCACUCCGUUUCCCCACAGGCAAAGGCUUGCUAUGGACUGCACUUUGCCUCCUGCUAUAGGCCAACCCAAUACACUUCCUUAGUGGGUUCCUCUCAUCUUUCUGUUUGUGGUUACUAUCCAGACUUGUUGUACAGAGUCAGCACAAAUCUGGUACCACCUACAGCCUCUCCUGGGUACCCCACCCAACCCCUUUCCAACACUCACUCUCUCCUACGAAGAUGUCAGUGAGUCUGACAACAGACAUCCAGCAGGAGGGAGAAAGUGGGCCAAUUACUGAGCCCUGCAAUCGAGGCAAGACUUUCCCUCUGCUACAAGGUACCAAGGAAGGAACGGGGGAGAGCCUGGAGUAUGAAGAUGUCUCCCCACAAGAUGUACAGAAACGGGCACCCAACCACAGCCAUGGUAGGAAAAGGGCCAAGUCCAAUGCAAAACUGAAGUUGGUACGAAGUCUGGCAGUUUGUGAAGAGUCCUCUGGUCCAUUCAACGAUGGACCUCCAGAAUCGGAUAUCAUCCAGCUUCACAUUAGCUGUCCAUCAGAUAAAGAGGAGGAGAAGUCUUCAAAAGAUGAAUUUGAAAAUGAAGAGAAGGAGAAGAAGGACAAGACUCCUAGAAAGAUGUUGUCACGUGAUUCCAGCCAGGAAUACACUGACUCCACGGGCAUCGAUGUUCAUGAGUUUUUGGUCAACACACUGAAAAACAAUCCCAGGGAUCGAAUGAUGCUGCUUAAACUAGAACAAGAUAUCCUGGAGUUUAUUAAUGAUGACAAUAACCAAUAUAAGAAGUUUCCUCAAAUGACUUCUUAUCACCGAAUGCUGCUGCACCGUGUAGCUGCCUACUUCGGCAUGGACCACAAUGUGGAUCAGACAGGCAAGGCUGUCAUCAUCAACAAAACUGGCAAUACGCGCAUCCCAGAACAAAGGUUCUCUGAACACAUCAAGGACGAAAGAAACAUGGACUUUCAAAAAAAAUUCAUUCUUAAGAGAGACGAUGCAAGUAUGGACAAAGACGACAAUCAGAUCCGUGUGCCACUGCAGGACGGGCGGCGUAGCAAGUCUAUAGAGGAGCGAGAGGAAGAAUAUCAACGGGUACGAGACCGGAUCUUUGCCCGAGAAGUUUCCUUUUUUUUACAGUCCUCACAAAAUGGAUACAUCAAUGACAACAGGCUUUCCACUGAAGGCUACAGCUCUACCUCUCAAAAGAGGAGGCAGAUCUUUAGAGGGAAUCGCGAGAGCUCAAGCCGGGCAUCUAGCAGUCGUCAAAGCAGUACAGAUAGUGACAUGAAGUGCCUGGAGCCGCGACCCUGGAGCAGUACGGAUUCGGACAGUUCCAACCGCACACUUCGGCCACCUGUCACCAAGGCCAGCAGCUUCUCUGGCAUCUCCAUCCUCACCAGAGGCGAUAGCCUUGGUAGCAACAAAGGAUCACAGGGAAGCUGCAAAGGCUCCCGCUCUGGCCUUCCUCUGAUCAGUCCUGAUUUGUGUCCUCCAGCUUCAGUCCCACAACCCAGUCGUAGCCUGCUUCCUUGCCCCGCUCAACAGCCACAGCAAACACAGCCCCAGGCUCCACCACAGACUGCCCUGCUCCCCACACCCCAGCAGCACCCCAUGGGUAACCACAUGAUUGCUCAGCCGGUGGCGUCUCUGCAGCCCUCUCAGCCUGUCUCCUACUCCAGCCCUUCCUGCCCCCAGGUUCUCCUGCCACUUUCUCCUCCCCAGCAGUACACAAUGGGUGAAGAACUCGCGUCUCAGUUCACCCAGAUGACACUCAGUAGGCAAGGAUCAACUGAGAAUCCUGAGCCACCCCCCAUGUAUCAGGCUCCUCCCACUGUUCUGUCACAACAUCCCCCUCCACAGACGGGAUACAUCAUGGCUACCACUGGCCAGCCGAUGCCGCCUCCAGCCGGCUAUCAGCCUGCUACUGGACACACCCAUCCUCCACCACCACCUCCUCCUCCAUCCCAGCCUGUCCUGCAAGCUCCGCCUCCACAAAGCUAUAUGCAGCCACCUCCACCUCAGCAGAUACAGGUGUCCUACUACCCUCCGGGCCAAUUUGCAAGCACAGGUCAGCAGUACAGGGUGUCCCAGCCCGUGUCCCACCAGGUGUCGUACCCUGCCCAGCGCUCCCAACCCAUGCCUCAGCCCACCCAGCAGUCAGGUCUUCAGACCAUGAUCCCCAGCCAGCAACCAAGCUACCAAGGCAUGAUGGGAGUCCAACAGGCUUCAAACCCUGGUUUGCUCAAUUCUCAAAGAGCUGGCAUAGGAGGACAAAUGCAAAGCAUAAUGGUCCAGUACCCACAGAUGCCAUCAUAUCAGGUUCCAGUGGCAAAUGAAAACCAACAGGUGGUGCAACCGCAGUACCAGCAGCAGGUCAUGGUACCAGUUAGUCAGUCUGUCCAGGGACCCAUGCCCGUCUACUACAGUGUUAUCACACCCACACAGCAGAACAGCACAAGCCCGUCAGUAAGUUACUUGCAGCCUCCGAGCUCUGAGCAGUACCAGAUGACACAGUCACCGUCUCCCUGCAACCCUCAACCACUGCAACAGCAAUAUUCUGCUUCCUGUGCUCCCUCAGGAGUGCCCGCCCCUGGACCCGGGGUGAUGGUCAUGCAGCUGAGUGUCCCCAAUGGACCCCAGCCUUCCCAGAAUCCCCCUUUGGUCCAGUGGAACCCGUGCAAGUACUACAGUAUAGAGCAGAGGCCCAGCAAACCAGGGGAGCUCUAUAAACCUGACAACACUCCACAGGCCACUACUCAGCUGACAAGUCCAUUGGCCUCCCCCACUCAGUCUCCCACCCCGUCUCCCUCCGGAAGUGUCAGCAGCAUAUGUCCAGGCCUGGCACCUUUACCCCUCAUUUCCCAGUUUCAGCGGCCCGGAGGACCCAAUCAAGGUGAUGGACGCUAUUCUCUGUUAGGGCAGCCCCUCCAGUACAGUUUGUGUCCUCCGUCACUCAUGCAUGGCCAGUCCUCCUACAGUUCCCAUCAGGGUCAAGGAGUAAUGAAACACGGAGCACGGGGGAAGAAACAAACCCUUAAAUCUGCAUCAACAGAUCUCGGCACCACUGACGUUGUGGUGAGUCGAGUACUUGAGGUCACAGACCUGCCAGAAGGGAUUUCGCGCCUUGAGGCUGAAAAACUCUUUAACCAGCUGUCUCUAUGUGGUGCCAAGAUUCAGUGGCUGAAGGAUCCCCAGGGAGGCCGGGCAGGAGGCUGCGGCUCCGGUCCCGGAGCGGGGCCCUCUGGGACCGGAGCCUCUAUGGCCAGCAUGAGAAUGAAGGGGGACAGCCAUGACCCGGCGCACCUCUACACAGUGGUGGCAGUGUUCCCCAGCACCAUGGCUGCCCAGAGUGCUUCCUUCAAACUUAACAACAGUGGGGCCAGCCUCUUCAAACUGAGGGCGGCGAAAAAGAACUAUGACCUGCGUGUGCUGGAGAGAGCCAGUUCCCAGUGAGAGGAAUGCAGGACAGGAGGAAACACAAAGGAAGAGAGACUCGGUGGAAUGGUGGAAAAGGAGUGAGGGAAACUGCUACUAUGAUUUUUGUCGUUUUUAUUGUUUUGUAUUUAUAAUCCAGAAGAGCACACAAGACACGUGAGCAUGAGUUUCACUGCUGCGGUGGGAUAUGUGCUGCCACGAUACCCAAACACAAACGUUGCCACACACUGACACACAAACCAGACGACACAGGUGGACGCACGAGUGCAGGCAACAGGGUCGCGUAGCACAUGACAAAGACACACUGGACAGUUGACCUCAGUAAAACCUUUUCCUCCUCUUCCUCCCCCCACCCUUCCAUUCUGAUCCCCCUCCUUGCAUUUUUGCCAGCGCUUGCAUCCUCUCCUCCUGCAGCUCUCCCAUCACCCAGCUGUCUCUGAAUCUCUCACAUUUAGAAAUGUUCAUACGCACAGUUGCACACUCCUCUCUCCUCGGCCUCUUCGGCUUCUUUUCUUCGCCUCAUGCUGCCUCCUCUCUGCUUUCUCUGCUCCUCUCCUUCUCAUGUGCUGUCACUGCUGUUUCUUCUCUUGCUUUCUGUUUGCCUUACUGCUGUUGUGGGUUGCCGUAUUGCGCUGUUUAUUCUUUUUUUUCUUUUUUUCUUUCUUGAAGGUUCAAUAUAUUUAUAUAAGUGAUGUAAGGAAUAAAAGAAAUUAUAUAUUCAGUGACUUUUCUUUCCUUCCUGAGUGACAAAGCCUUCCUUUAUCCUUUCCUCCUCUCCUCUUCAUCCCCUCUCCUCUUCUCAUUUGUUUCCUCUUUACUUCCCUCUACCUGGUUCCUCUCCUCUGUCUCACAACUUCCCCGCAUCCCCACCUCCAUCCCCGCCUCCCCGCUGUGUUUGCGUUCUUUUUUUUUUUUUUUUUUGACAGCUGUGCAGAACGUAUCAGAAGAAGUAGUUAAAGUGCACAACAAUGAUUGCAUUAUGUCUACUGUAAAUUUUAUUUAAUCUGUUUAUUUUGUUUGUUUUUAAAAAUAUAAAAGUGCAGAAAAAUCUAUCAAAAGUG